CUCGCGUGUGAAUUCGAAAAACAUUGUCCCGGGUCUCAGUAUUGCUUGAUAUUAUAGAAUAUUAACUAUGGGACAUUUGAAGCGGGCGAUAGCGAACGGGCUGAUUGCAAAAAAGGUAAACAUUUUUAUUUUUAUUUUUUUUUUUAUUAAUUUUAUUUAUUAUAUUUUCUGUAUUAUGUAUGUUACAGGUGCAUAGAGUAAUGCGAUUCGAACCAAUCACCACGGUUGAAAAAAUAUAUUGAUUUGAAUACCGAGAUGAGGAAGAAGGCAGCUAAUGAUUUUGAAAAAGAUUUCUACAAACCGAUGAACAAUGCGGUAUUUGGUAAAUUAUUAUUAUUAUUAUAAAAAACUCGUCUGUUAUUAUAUUAUUAUGAUUUUCUAGAUAAGACAAUGGAAUCUAUGAGGAUUACUAUAGAGUUGGUGUCUAAUGAACAAAGAGUGUAAAAAUUAAUUAACAGGCCAACGUUCAAACACUGCACGACUUACAACAAAAAUCUAUGUGCUAUAUCACCGGAGAACAAAAUAAUACAUUUCUGCAAGCCUAUCUAUAUUGGAUUUGCCGUAUUGGACAUCUCAAAAACAAAAAUGUAUGACUACCACUAUAACGUCAUGAGCAACUAUUUCAAAGACACCAUCAGCUUGAUGUGCACCGGGUACAUACGGGUAAAUUAUUAUUAUUUUUUUUUUUCUUAUACGUAUUAUAUUGUUUUUAUUAUUAUUGUUUUUCAGAUUUGUUGGUGUAUCAUAUCAAGACUAAAGAUUUUUACUUAGACCUGCUGAGUAAACCUGGGCUUUUGGAGUGUACAGACGCGGCCAACCUACCGAAAAACCACCCGUGCUACGUCACAGAGAAGAAGAAGGUACCUGGUCUUUUCUCAGACGAGACGGAUGGGAAGACAAUAACCGAGUUUUGUGCGCUGCUGUCGUGAAAAAUCACAUGACGAUUAAUGGCCACAAGAAGUGUCUGUUUGGUGAUGGAGACCUGGACGUACAUAGGGAGAAUGUUUCCAUUUGGUCGUCCUCCACCAACUUAAAACUAUAUCCACAAACAUGUUGACCUACAAUAACUAUGAGGAUAACUAUGAGAGACAAGAUCCAUACAAUGGCAUAUGGACACCGCCAACUACUUCAAGACAGCGAAUAAGAAUGUACCUAAUUGUAAAAAUUGUAUAAAUAUAAAUAUUAUAUACCUGUAUGGCAAUUGUAUAUUAUACUUGUAAAAUAAAAAAAAAAAAAUUUGAUUUGGUG